CACGUGGUAUCAAUGUUUACGGAAGCUGCAUCAUGCGAAGUUUAUAGAGGCUAAAAGUUGGCGAUAUUUUGCGUAUUCUUGGCAAUCAGCAUGCUCCUAAUAACGUGUUGAAGUUGUUUUUUUGUAGUGAUCGUUUUCCAGCUAACAUGCAGGCGGAAUCACCCGUAACGUCUCCGAAAUUUGAUUUGUUAGACUCGUGUGGUAAAUUUCGUGUGCUGGUUGGGGUCACGGGUAGUGUGGCAGCGCUCAAAGUGCCUCUGUUGGUCUCCCAACUUCUAGAGUUGCCCGGGGUGGAUGUGCGUGUUGUCACUACAGAACACGCCAAGCACUUCUACAACCCUGCUGAUGUGGCUGUCAGAGUCUACAGUGACACACAUGAGUGGGAGGUUGGUUAUCAAACAGAGCUGUGGAGCCAGCGUUCUGACCCUGUCCUGCACAUAGAGCUGAGACGCUGGGCUGACCUCUUCGUUAUAGCCCCUCUGGACGCUAACACACUGGGGAAGAUCGCCAGCGGCAUCUGUGACAACUUACUGACGUGUGUGGUACGGGCCUGGGAUACCAGUCGUCCUCUACUCUUCUGUCCAGCGAUGAACACUGCUAUGUGGUAUCACCCUAUCACCUCUCGCCAGGUGGACAGCCUUAAAGAGUUUGGCUACGUUGAGAUCCCCUGCAUCGCCAAGAAACUGGUCUGUGGAGACCAAGGUAAAGGGGCCAUGGCAGAGGUGUCAACGAUCGUAGAUGUUGUGAACCAAUUCAUCCAGAAAGCUGCCGAGUCUCCUCAGGAAGGAGCAGGCCAGGUGCUGUGAGGAAGGAGCAGGCCAGGUGCUGUGAGGAAGGAGCAGGCCAGGUGCUGUGAGGAAGGAGCAGGCCAGGUGCUGUGAGGAAGGAGCAGGCCAGGUGCUGUGAGGAAGGAGCAGGCCAGGUGCUGUGAGGAAGGAGCAGGCCUGUGAAUAUUAAUGAACUGCAGAUAGUAAAACCCAGAUGGACUCCUAGACCCUAUGCACUUGUGGAGAUCUGAGAGGAUUUUGAUUGGAAUAGGUAAUAUGCUGAAACUUCCACCUAGCCUAUCAGAGGGCAAGGUGGAACUAUUACCAUAAUGACUGCGCCUGUCAAAUCUUCUCAGAUCUGCUUAAAUCAUUCCCUAGCUCCUAGGGGUCCAGUGGGAUUGGGCCAGGGGUCCGUUUGGGAUUGGGCCAGGGUCUAGGGGUCCGUUUGGGACUGGGCCAGGGUCUAGGGGUUCCGUUUGGAAUUGGGCCAGGGUCUAGGGGUCCGUUUGGGACUGGGCCAGGGGUCCGUUUGGAAUUGGGCCAGGGUCUAGGGGUUCAGUUUGGGAUUGGGCCAUUGACACGAAGAGGAGGCAUUCAGAUGAAGAUUGCUGCAGUUAUUCCUUCUUAGUAAGGUCCCAUGGUGACUCUUGCCAUCGGUUAUCGCUGGCCACUCCAGAACAGUGUUUAUUCUUGAAUCAUUACUGGGUGCUUCUGGAUGUGUGUUUGGGGUCAUUAUCCUGCUGGAAGACCCACAACCUUCAAUGAAGACCCAGUUUCCGGACACUGGGUUGAUGUUAGAGGAAUGACAUUUGUUUAUGUUUUAAUUAACCAAUUCAAUUAAACACUCUGCCCACUCCUAAGAAUUUGUAAGACACUUAAUUUGCAUAAAAUGGACAGAGACCAGUCUCAAAAUCAAUCUGUAGCGUUUAUUCUCGAGAGUACUGAACAUGAUACAAUUUACAACAGGUUAUAAACUGAAAAUGACAUCAUUAGGUUUCAAACUGUCCCGUCCCUCCUCCACUCCGGUACAAUGGCAGUUUAGUUCUCAAGCCUUCCUACAUAGACCCCCAUCAGUAUAGAUAAUUUAUGACCAGGUCAAGGCCUUCCUGUGUAGAUAAGCAUUCUAGCCAGUCUGACGAUAAGUUCAUUCGUUUCUACCAAGGAACAGACAGUCAUUGUUCUAAUUCUUGAUUAUAUUUACACACAUUAUAUGCAGUACUAGGGUUAAAAGAAAAUUCAUACAUAUACAGUAACAUAAUAGUAUUCUGAUUCGUCAGUCCUGAUUGAAAUGUAUACAUAAUUAGUCAUUAUUGAUAAAAAAAUCCCUGAACUCCAAAACACUGGAUAAUCUGACUUCAUGAUGACUUACACGUUUGUAUUUAUUAUGGAUCCCCAAUAGUUCCUGCCAAGGCAGCAGCUACUCUUCCUGGGGUUUAUUAUGGAUCCCCAUUAGUUCCUGCCAAGGCAGCA